CCAGCCGUGCUUGCAUGUUAGUGUGUGAGUUCCAUCCUGGGAAACAGUUUCUUUUCUCACAUAAGGUGAAUAAAGGAUUUAUUUCGACUAAACCAGAGUUGGUGAUUGUUGGAACAGUGGAAAAAGCUAACAAAGCCUGUUUUGAAAACAUGGGAAUCAGACUUCAGAGGAUGUGUACCCCCCUUCUCUUUGUCACAAUGGCAAUGAGGGGAGGAAAAUAUCUGCUGCUCCUGGCAGUGUUCGUGGUCCUGGCAAGAUGUCAGCAAAUGCCACAAGUUUCUAUGUCACCCAAAUUGAAAUAUAUCUUCUCUGGGGACUUGUUUAAUUUGAGCUGUGAAAGCACAAGUGAGAACACAGUGAAAUGGUACGUGAACAACACGGAAGAAAGGCUGCAAACGAACAAAACCUGGAAGAUAGCGGUUGCUGCCCCCAAGCACUCAGGCGUUUAUCAAUGCGAGAGCAAUGGGAAAAGGAGUGGCAAUUUCAGCAUCAAAGUCCUGGAAUACACUCCCAGUGCCUCACUCAUCAUCAAGACAGGCCUGCCAGUGAUGCGGACUGAAGGUUCAGUUGUCCUGGAGCUUGAAAAUGAGGAUGGUCUGUGGGGAUGGAAGUGCUGGGUCAAACGAGGAGAGAAGACAAAAAUGAUUAAGCUGAGGUUGAAGGACGACAAUGUGAGUCUGGCCUUUCAACCCAACAGACUGAAUGACCCCGAGACCAUUUUCUGGUGUACUGAUGAAAAUGAAGAAAAAAGAAGUAACCAAAUCACAGUCAGGACCUCAGUGAAGGACUUAGCACUGGAAAUGGAUCGUCUGCCUGCCGUAGUUGGGGAGAGUCUGACUCUGAGUUGCCAUGUCUGGGGCACAAAUCAAAUUAGCGACACUGUUUUCUACAAAGACAAUCAAAUCCUUCAGCAUAGCAGCAGUCCUACCCACAAUAUCACAGUGACAGAAGAUUCAUCAGGAAGAUAUAAGUGUAAUGCCACCUACACAUACAAGGCCCGCACUAGAGGGCCCCCAUACCAAGAGGGCUCUGAUUUUCAAGAUCUGUAUGUCCAAGAGCCUCCUAUGAAGGCAGUUCUCUCUGAAAAAACUGGCAUGUGUUCUUGUCCACAUUGUCCCAGUGGUGCCUCCUAUCGCUGGUACCACAAGAAUGAUGGUCAGUCAUGGGCAUUAAUGAGUUCCAACCAAUCCAUGAUGCCAAAAGACAGUGGUACUUAUGCAUGUCGAGCUGUGUGGGUGAACGGGAGGUCUUUACUCAGCAACAACGUUUUUUCAGAUCAAUCUUCCAGCAGCACCUCUCUAAUAGUUUUGAUGAUCUUGGGGGUGGUGAUUCUAAUUGUCGUAGUUGCUGUUUAUAUAUAUUGUAAGAAGAGAAGAGCCACAGGAGCAAUAUACGAGGAUGUGCAGAUGAAGCCACGAGAGAAAGGUGACGACAAAUACGAGACGCUGCAGAAGCCACGUGGUGCCCAAAAGGAGGGCGAGUACGACACCCUUCACCCAGAAGCACCGGGCACGGAGAUGAAAGAGGGUGAAUACCAACCACUGAAGAAAGAGGAAAUGAAAGGGGAGGUGUACCACACACUGGGGAUGGAGGGGGCAGCAGGAGGAGAAGGGGCAUAUGAAGCACUGAAGAAAGAGGGAAUGAAAGAGGGGGUAUACCACAGCCUGGGAAUGGAGGGGGCAGCAGGAGGAGAAGGGGCAUAUGAAGCACUGAAGAAAGAGGGAAUGAAAGAGGGGGUAUACCACAGCCUGGGAAUGGAGGGGGCAGGUGGAGGACACGAAGCAGUAAGGAAAGACAAAGACAGUGAUUAUGAGAUAGUGAAAGAAAAGAUGUAAGCAAAGGCAGAGUAGCAAAUGAGUCAUGAAAUGAAAGAUAGGUCUCAGUAGCUUUUAUACUGAAGAAAAAUCACUUUUCCUACAUUUCCCGCAAACCAGCAAAGUCAGGUGAUGUCUUGGUCAAUCCUGAAGUUCAAAUUCUAUGAUCAGACAAAAGUUGUUAGUGCUAUAUGGGAAAUAUAAGUAACUAAAUAAACAAAAGUCAAGUUAAAAAAAGAGAAAGACUACCAAGUAACAAUAAAGAAGCUCCUGUAUGGUGCAUAGCGCACCAACUAACAAUUGUUUCCAUUACUUAUUAAUUAUAUUAAUCAUGUCAAUUAUAUGAAAUAGUCUGUAGAAAAUAAAAAAUUCCAUCACAGGUCACCAGAACAGAAAAUUUUAUUAUUUUGUGACACCAACAGUAAAAAACAACAACAAAUGUAUCCAAAGUGAGUGCUUGAUCAAAUUAAUCAAAUUCUGCUUUCAGUGAUGGGAAAAGGGUGAGCAAAUUCACUUUUUUUCCAGCAAAAAAAUAAUUUGCUUAUGUCUCCUUAUUAAGUCAUAUAAUCAUUUGUACAUUUGUCUUAUGAAAAGAUUUUUGUGUCUUAAAAUAUAUUUGCCUCACCAACACUUUCUGCAAUGUUCUAUUAUUUGUGCAAAUAGGAAAUGCCAUAAUAUUGUAUUGAUUCUGCUUUUACAUUCAAAUGUAAAAGUGCUUUAAAUUCCAGUGUGUAUGCUAAUCUGAUAUCAGCUUAAUUUGCCAUGUAAAGGCAGUACCUUAAGAGAGAGUCUCAUUCCCAUUGCAUUUUAUGUGCUCAAAUAAACCUAUUUUGAUGAAA